AGAUAAGGGACAUCCAUGAGUCAACAGUGUGAGCGUUUAGGCAAUUAAGUUCACAAUCAUUUUGUCUAGAUUGAAUAUUGAUUGAUUGUUUUUCACAAAUUUAGAAUACACUAAAGAUGUGGUUGUUUAAGAGAAAAGGUCCAUCUGGUUUCUCAUUCUCAAACACAGCUGAAGAUGUAACUCAUGAUAUUGAUGGAACUGGUCUCACUGCCAUCGUUACUGGUGCUUCAAGUGGUAUUGGUUCUGAAACUGCACGUGUUCUUGCUAUGCGUGGAGUUCAUGUAGUCAUGGGAGUUAGGAAUAUGGCUGCUGGUAAAGAUGUUAAGGAAACAAUACUAAAAGCAAACUCUUCAGCUAAAGUUGAUGCUAUGGAGCUAGAUCUCAGUUCCAUGGCAUCGGUGAGAAAAUUUUCUUCUGAGUUCAAGUCGCUAGAUCUCCCCCUAAACAUUCUUAUUAACAAUGCAGGAGUCAUGGCAUGUCCCUUCAUGCUUUCCCAUGAUAAUUUAGAGAUGCAGUUUGCAACAAACCAUCUAGGUCAUUUUCUUUUGACAGAUCUUUUGUCUGAGACCAUGAAAAGUACUGCGAGCAAAAGUAGCAUAGAGGGAAGAAUUGUUAAUAUAUCAUCAGAAGUUCACCGCUUAGCAUACAAAGAAGGGAUUCGUUUUGACAAAAUCAAUGAUCGAUCAGAGUACAACCAACUCUGGGCAUAUGGGCAGUCAAAACUUGCAAAUAUAUUGCAUGCCAAUGAGCUAACAAGACGUUUCAAGGAAGGUGGAGUUCAAAUAACGGCUAAUUCACUUCAUCCAGGAAUUAUUAUGACCAAUAUCUUAAGGCAUCACAACAUUAUAGGCGGCCUUUCCUUUACUCUUGGGAAACCUGCGGUCAAAAAUGUUCAGCAGGGGGGAUCAACAACAUGUUAUGUCGCAUUGCACCCGAAUGUCAAAGGUGUAAGUGGAGAGUAUUUUAUGGACAACAACAUUUCGGCACCAAUCUCACAGGCACAAGAUACAAACUUAGCCAAGAAACUGUGGGAUUUCACCAUCAAUUUGAUUCAUUCGUAAAUGAAUCUUCCUCUCCAAACUUGUUAUGCUGUGUUUUUACUCGGGUAAUCAUCCAUCUUUUUAAUACAAGAACAACAAGAAUAAGUUUACUGAUGUAACAUACCAUCAAGAAAUUAGCAUGUUUAAUUGGAUCUAUCUUAAACCCAAUAAUCUUUUCAUAUA